AUGUCGUCAGGGUCCAAUGGUGCCAGGCGCGUAGCGUCGCUUUUGCGGCCUGCGAUCUCCGAUCCCAGAGUGUGCAGAAGCUGUCAAGAGACGCUUGUCCGCCGCAGUUACGCCACGGCCUCUACACAGGCUUCCACAGAAACUCCCUCCACCGCCGCAUCAGCCUUCCCCGUCGUGAAGCCCACCCAUACCAUCAAGGCCGGCGUGGUCCUCUCCCGUCCUCCUCAAAUCACCCGCGACCUUACCGACUUCGAGAAGGCGUACUAUUUCUACCAGAAGCGAUUGAACGAGCGUCUCCAGCUACCUUUCACAAAAUACUUCUACUUCAAGCGUGGAACGCCCGCUGACGAGGACUGGAAGCGCAAGAUCCGCGAGCGUCAGACCCCCGCACGCGACAUCGGCAAGUACAACCCGUACUCGAAGGAGGCAUGGAACGAUGAACUCCUCGUUGGAGCCGUCGAGUCGGACCCGGCCCACCAGGUGGAGAUGCUUGUGCAGGAUGCGGAGUCGACGGUCAAUGCCACUUCCCAGGAUACUAGCAAGAAGGAAGAGAUUCCGAGACCUUUCCCCCGGGUGACGGAGGCGGACCAGAAGAACGAUCAGAGAAGCCUCAACCGGGCACUGCAGAGGACUCUUUAUCUCCUUGUGCAGUCCAAGGAUGGUUUCUGGACGUUCCCCAGCUCCCCCAUCGUGGCUGAAGAGACUCUUCGUCAGGCUGCCGAACGUACCCUCGAGCAAGCCGCCGGUGUCAACAUGAACACCUGGAUGGUCGGCUACCACCCCGUGGGCCACUACGUCUACAACUUCCGCAACCCGAGCAAGCUGGCAACCGGCCCCGCAGGCGAGAAGGUCUUCUUCAUGAAGUCGCGCAUCAUGGCCGGCCAGGCCGACCUUUCCGGAAACGCUCAGAACCUGACCGACUUCAAGUGGCUGUCGAAGGACGAGAUUUCGAAGUUCGUGAAGCCGCAGUACUACGCCAGCGUCAAGAACAUGCUGGCCGAUCGGUAA